AUGCCUCAAAACUUGCUGAUUUUCUUGUUGCUGGCACUUUUGGGCUCAGCCGUGGUUUUCGGAGCUUCGAACAUCAAUAAACAGUGUCGCGAUCUUUUGCAGUGUUCUGUGCAGCGAAAAUGUGUGAAUGUGAGUUUUUCUGGAAAUUUUUUGGCUGAAAAUCCGGGUUUUUCAGCUUCCGGAGUUAUCGAAACUUAUUGAGAAUCAGACGAUCAGCUCGAAAAUGUAUGAUGAUAUUGAUAAGGUGAUUUUUAGGGGCUCUAGGGGCUCUAGGAGCCUAAAGAAGCCUUGGGAAGCCUUCAGAAGCCUUCAGAAGCCUUCAGAAGCCUUAAGAAGCCUUGAGAAGCCUUGGGAAGCCUUGGGAAGCCCUGGGAAGCCUUGGGAAGCCUUGGGAAGCCUUGGGAAGCCCUGGGAAGCCUUGGGAAGCCUUGGGAAGCCCUCAGAAGCCUUGGGAAGCCUCCAAAAGCCCCCAGAAGCCCUCUAAAGCCUUCUAAAGCCCCCUAAAGCCCCCCAAAGCCCCCAAAACCCCCUCAGCUCUUUCUUGCAGCACACAGAUUACGGUUGCAUUUUCACGACGGGUUGUCAGGAUGAGUGCAACGAUUGUCCGUUGUGUUUGACGUCGAAAUUGCAGAUUGUCGAUAUUUUGUCGGGCGAGAAAUCGACGGGAGGUGAGAGAGACGCAGAGGAUGGCUAGACAGCUAGAGGUGGUUAGAGAUGCAGAGGGUGGCUAGACAGCCAGAGGCGGUUAGAGACAGCUAGACAGCCAGAGGUGGUUAGAGAUGCAGAGAAGCUAGAGACGCAGAGGGUGGCUAGAGAAUUGGUAUGCUAAAGAGUAGCCUAGAGAGCUUAGAGAAGCUAGAGACGCAGAGGGUUGGCUAGACGACGAGAGCAAAUAGAUGGGUUAGAGAUGCAGAGGAUGUUAGAGAAGCUAGAUAGGAAGAGCGAAAUUGGUUAGAGACGCAGAGAGGUUAGACAGCUAGAGAGGAUAAAAAAAAGUUAGAGACGCAGAGGGAGAGAGAGAGUGCAGAGAAGCUAGAGAACCUCGCGCGAAGCGCCCCGGAAUCUUCCGCGUUAGCGGUCUCGAGCGGAGCGAGUGUAUCUCCCUCUGCGUCUCUAACCCACUCUCGCCGUCUAGCCCCUCUCCAUCUCUAACUUUAUCUAGCUGUCUGGUGUCUCUCAUGUUCUCUAGCUGUCUAGCCCCUCUGCGUCUCUAACUACCUCUAUACUCUCUAGCUGUCUGCCGCAAUCUCGCGCGAAGCGCCCCGGAAUCUUCCGCGCAAGCGGCUCGAGCGGAGCGAGUGUAUAUCCCCCUCCGUCUCUAGCCCUCUAGCUUCUCUGCACUCUCUUCAGAGCCCUGAUUUUUCUAGAUUGUCCGGCUCUGAUGGAUUGUGCCCUGAAGUGUGUGGAUGAAUCGAAUCAGGAUAUAUUCCAAAUCAACAAAUGUCUCCGACACGAUUGUGCUUUCCACUGUUUCGACGGAUCCUGUCCAAAAUGUUCGGGAUUCGUGACUCGAGUCUUCAAUCAAAUGUGCGCCGCCGGAAAUUUCAGACAAAAAAUUCGCGAUUUCAGCGGGCCUUGCUAUGAAAUGUUCCAUCAAAUUGUUCAUGCCAAAUUUGCGGAGCGAUUUGACAAAGCGGAAGCGGAAGCGGAAAAUUCGAAAAAAAGUUGA